AUCGUGUUGAUCGUGUUGAUCGGUUACAUUGAUGAAACGUGAGAGGUUAUAAACAUGAGCAAUAUUUAUAUACAAGAACCGCCCACAACGGGCAAAGUAAUGAUGAAGACAACGGUUGGCGACAUAGAUCUAGAAUUAUGGACAAAGGAGGCUCCUAAGGCUUGUAAAAAUUUUAUACAGCUUUGUAUGGAAGGCUAUUAUAAUAAUACAAUAUUUCACAGAAUCAUAAAAGGCUUCAUAGCACAAGGUGGAGAUCCAACAGGAACAGGAGAAGGUGGUGAGAGUAUAUAUGGACAUCCUUUUAAGGAUGAAUUUCACACAAGAUUACGUUUCUGUCGGCGAGGUUUACUUGCUAUGGCCAAUGCUGGCAAAGACGAUAAUGGUUCUCAAUUUUUCUUUACCUUGGGUUCAACACCCGAGUUGCAAAAUAAACAUACUAUCUUUGGCAAAGUUACUGGCGAAACAAUUUACAAUAUGCUCAAGUUGGAAGAUGCACUUGUAGAUGAAAAUGACAGGCCUCAGUAUCCGCAAAAGAUUUUAAAAACACAAGUACUAAGUAACCCAUUUCCAGAUAUUAUUCCAAGAACAGUACUCGAGACCAAAGAAGAAAGCAAGGAAAGCAAAAAAGAUAAAAAAACUGGUGUUAAGAAUUUCAAAUUAUUGUCAUUUGGAGAAGAGGCUGAAGAAGAUGAAGAGGAGUCAUCAGUUUUAAAUAAACAAUAUAGUGGCAAAGGAAAAUCAGCACAUGAUUGCUUGUCUGAUCCAAAAUUAAGCUCACAACCUGUAGUUGAACCUGCUGGACCACCGAGUAAAAAAAUCAAAGAGGACCGGAGUAGCGAUUGGGAGAGUGAUAAUGGAAUACAUGAUUCAGAAGAAUUGGCUGCUCUUGCAAAAGAAAAAGAAGCUGUAAAAGAAAGGAUAAAAAAUAAACUGAAGGAUUCUAAGAAGUCUUCCCAAAUAAAGCCCAAAAUUGAGAGUGAUGACAUAAAAGCUGAAAAUGAAGAUGAAGAAAUCGAAGAAUAUUAUUUGGGAAAAGAUCGAGACGAGGAGCUGAAGAAAAAGGCCGAAGCAAUAAGAAAGGAAAUACGCGAUCUAAAGCGAAGCGUACAAAAUGAAAAGAAAGCAAAGGAGGCAGAGCAAAAGCUUCAAUCCGAGAAGAAAGAAAAUAAAUCUGAAAUAAUGAAAGAAUACAUAGACACUCAAAAAAAAUAUAAAGAAGCAAAGGCAAAAUUGCCUAAGAAGGGUAAAACGCGUGAGGAUUUCACGAUGGAACUAUUAAAUAAAUUUAGAAACAAACUUCAAAACGCCAAGGAAAACGUCUCUAAUUCUGAUAAGAUAUCGAACAAUACCGAAGACGAUGAUUCGCAUGAUGAAUCUUGGAUGACACAUGUUUUGCAGUGCGAAGAAAAGGCACCAGUGCUUGCCAAGGAUGCCAGUACAAAGAAUGACGAUUGGUUCGAAAUUUAUGAUCCUCGAAAUCCUUUGAAUAAACGACGACGAGGAGAGAAAUCCAAUAAAUCUAAAGAUGAUAACAAAGGCAAAGGUUAUUCUCAUAAGUGAUCUGUAAUUAUUACAUAAUUGGUCGCAUAUAUAUUUAAACAAUUAAUAUUUACAAAAAAAUAGAUGUAUAUAAAAUUUAUAUAUAAAUUUUACUUCUGUAAUAUAUAUUUUUUAUCGAUCUUGAAUUUAUUAAGAAUGCGACAAGAUAGUUUUAUCAUUGUCAGUGGAAUAAUUUGCAAUUAAAUAAUCUUAUCAUUUAAGCGCACUUUUUUGAUUACUUUUUGCAAACCUUUUACAUUAGCGAGAUUGUCGAAUUAUUUACUUAUUAUACAUAGUGCACCUGUUUCAAGUAUAUUAGAGAGAGAAAGAGAAGCGGAAUGUCAAUGUAAAUUCCGAAAUCUAUUUUAAAAAAUAAUCAUAAUACUUUGCAAACUAUGCAAUAAUCAUUAUGAGUGUAAUAAAUGUAAUAUAAAAGCAUUACAUGAGCAAAUUCUGUGCAGAUAGGUCGCUGAUCAAGAAGCUUCUUUAAUUCUCUCACAUUCAAGCGCGAUAAGGCAUUGAUACAAAACAUCAUAUGUUUGUUCGUAGAUUCAGUCGAUCUGUCGACAGCGACCGAUACGCACCACGCAUUUUAUUUAAUUUCCAACGAACAUAAGAUAAUUCAGUGCGACUUUUUUUCUAGUAGACAAGUCUUGUAAAAAAUGAUGUGCAUUAAAAUUAUUUUCUUAUCUCGGAAUAUAAAUUAAGCUACGAAAAAACAAUCGUCGACAUUUCAAAGUUAGAAUUUACUCUGUACAUUAAUCUAGUGUUAAGUUUUUGAUAUUAAAAGUGCGAACGAAGCGAAUAAUUAAUAUUGUCGAGUGAUAUUAUGUAACAUAAUUAACUGCGAAGAGUAAAUAUCAGGACAUAGUGUGUA